CAGACACCCAGCAAGGGGGAAUUGCAUACCCUGACAGCGUGGCAUUUGGACCAGCAGAACCAGGUUGACUUUGCAAGCGGGCGUGGGCCCCGUGCCGAAAUCGCCAUGAGCAGCACCCUCUCUCCCACCGACUAUGACUGCCUGGAGAUCCAACAGCAGUACAACGACAUCAACAACCGCUGGGAAGUGGCCGACGAAGAGUGGGACAAUGAGAACAGCUCGGCCCGGCUUUUCGAACGCUCCCGCAUCAAGGCCUUGGCAGAUGAGCGAGAGGCCGUGCAGAAGAAGACCUUCACCAAAUGGGUGAACUCUCACCUGGCCCGGGUCACGUGCCGCAUCAGCGACCUGUACAGCGACCUGCGGGAUGGCCGGAUGCUUCUGCGUCUCCUGGAGGUGCUCUCGGGGGAGCAGCUGCCCAAGCCAACGAAGGGCCGUAUGCGCAUUCACUGCCUGGAAAACGUGGACAAGGCGCUCCAGUUCUUGAAGGAGCAGCGUGUCCAUUUGGAGAACAUGGGCUCUCACGACAUCGUCGACGGCAACCAUCGCCUGACGCUGGGCCUCAUCUGGACCAUCAUCCUCCGCUUCCAGAUCCAAGAUAUCAGCGUGGAGACGGAGGAUAACAAAGAGAAAAAGUCUGCCAAGGAUGCUUUGCUGCUCUGGUGCCAGAUGAAAACAGCUGGGUACCCAAACGUGAACGUCCACAACUUCACCACCAGCUGGCGGGACGGCCUGGCUUUCAACGCGAUUGUCCACAAACACAGGCCAGACCUGAUAGACAUCGACACCCUGAAGAAAUGCAACGCACACUACAACCUCCAGAAUGCCUUCAACGUUGCCGAAAAGGAACUGGGCCUUACCAAACUCCUGGACCCAGAAGAUGUGAACGUGGACCAGCCGGAUGAGAAGUCCAUCAUCACUUACGUGGCCACUUAUUACCACUACUUCUCUAAGAUGAAAGCCUUAGCUGUGGAAGGGAAGCGGAUUGGGAAGGUGCUGGACUACGCCAUCGAGGCGGACAAGUUGAUUGAUAAGUACGAGACGCUGGCCUCCGACCUCCUGCAGUGGAUCGAGCAGACCAUCCUGACCCUGAACGACCGGAAGCUGGCCAACUGUCUGAGCGGGGUGCAGAACCAGCUGCAGGCCUUCAACACCUACCGCACCGUGGAGAAGCCCCCCAAGUUCACAGAGAAGGGGAACCUCGAAGUUUUGCUCUUCACCAUCCAAAGCAAGAUGAGAGCCAACAACCAGAAGGUUUACACGCCCCGGGAAGGGCGGCUCAUCUCGGACAUCAACAAGGGCUGGGAACGGCUAGAGAAAGCGGAGCACGAGCGAGAAUUGGCCCUGCGAAACGAGUUGAUUCGGCAGGAGAAGCUGGAGCAGCUGGCCGCCCGCUUCGACCGCAAAGCAGCGAUGCGCGAGACCUGGCUGAGCGAGAACCAGCGCCUCGUCUCCCAGGAUAACUUUGGGUUGGAUAUCUCAGCGGUGGAGGCGGCUGUGCGGAAGCACGAAGCCAUCGAGACGGACAUCGUGGCCUACAGCGAGCGGGUGGCCGCCGUCAACGCUGUGGCAGCCGAGCUGGAGGCCGAGGGCUACCACGACCUCAAGCGGGUGCUGGCGCGCAAGAACAACGUGGCGCGGCUUUGGGAUUACCUGCGGGAGCUGGUGGCGGCCCGCCGGGAGCGCCUGCUGCUCCACUUCGAGCUGCAGAAGAUGCUUCAGGACUUGACCUACCUCAUGGAUUGGCUGGAGGAGAUGAAGGGCCGCCUCCAGUCACAGGACUUUGGGAAACAUUUGCACGGCGUGGAGGACCUGCUGCAGAUUCACGCUCUGGUGGAGGCCGACAUCGCUGUCCAGGCCGAACGGGUGAAAGCCAUCAGUGCCGCUGCUCAGCGCUUCGCCACCCCGGGAGAAGGAUACAAACCCUGCGAGCCCCACCUCGUCCAGGAGCGCGUGGCCACGCUGGAGCGGUGCUACCAGGAGCUGGUGGCGCUGGCGUCGCAGCGGCGCGCCAAGCUGGAGGAGUCGCGUCGCCUCUGGAAGUUCUUCUGGGACAUGGGCGAGGAGGAGGCCUGGAUCCGGGAGCAGAGCCAAAUCCUCUCCUCGGAUGACUUCGGCAAGGACCUCACCAGCGCGCUGCGCCUCACCAGCAAGCACAACGCCUUCCGGGACGAAAUGAGCGGCCGCGCCGGCCCGCUGCAGCAAAGCAUCGCCGAAGGCCGCCAGCUGGUUGCCGAGGGCCACUUCGGGGCCGCCGAGGUGGCCGAGCGGAUCCGGGAAAUCGAGGAGCAGUGGGAGCAGCUGGAGGCGCUGUCGAGCGCACGGGAGCGGCGUCUCCUCCAGACCUCCAGCUUCUACCAGUUCCAAGCGGACGCCAACGACAUGGAGGCCUGGCUGCUGGACGCCCUCCGCUUGGUGUCCAGCUCCGAGGUGGGCCACGACGAGUACUCCACCCAGAGCCUGGUGAAGAAGCAUAAAGAUGUGGAGGAGGAGAUCCACAACCACCGGCCCGCCCUGGACGCCUUGCACGAGCAGGCCCGGAGCCUGCCGGAGGCCUUCGCCCGUUCCCCCGAGGUGGACGGGCGGCUGCCCACGCUGGAGCGGCGCUACGAGGAAUUGGUGACGCUGGCCGAGCAUCGCAGGCAAGCCCUUCAGGACGCCCUCAACCUCUACCAGAUGUUCAGCGAGGCGGACGCUUGCGGGCUGUGGGUCGGCGAGAGGGAGUACUGGAUCGAAACGAUGGACGUCCCGGAGAAGCUGGAAGACCUUGAAGUGGUUCAACAAAGGUUUGAGACACUGGAGCCGGAGAUGAACAACCUGGCCUCUCGCAUCGCGGCCGUCAACGAGAUCGCCAGCCGGCUUUUGGGCACCGACCACAGGAACAAGGACAGCAUCCAGGCCACUCAACAGCAGCUCAACACCAGGUGGCAGCAGUUCCAGGCCCUGGCCAGCCGCAAGAAGGAGGCCUUGACCUCGGCGCUCAGCAUCCAGAACUACUACCUGGAGUGCAACGAGACCAAGGCGUGGAUGCGGGAGAAGACCAAGGUGAUCGAGUCCACCCAAGGCUUAGGCAACGACUUGGCCGGUGUCAUGGCUCUGCAGCGCAAGCUGGCCGGCAUGGAGCGGGACCUGGAGGCCAUCCAAGGCAAAGUCCGGGACCUGCGGGACGAGGCCGCCCGGCUGGCGGACCAGCACCCGGAGCAGGCCGACGCCAUCUCGGAGCGCUUAGCUGAAGUCGACGGGACCUGGGACGAGCUCCGGGGGACCAUGCGCCGGCGCGAGGAGUCGCUGGGCGAAGCCAGCAAACUGCAGGGCUUCCUGCGCGACCUGGACGACUUCCAGGCCUGGCUCCUGCGCACCCAGACCGCCAUUGCCUCGGAAGACGUGCCGGCCGCGCUGCCGGAGGCGGAGCACCUGCUGAGCCAGCAUGAGGCCAUCCGCAAUGAGGUGGAGCACUACGAGGGCGACUACCGGCGGCUGCGGGCCAUGGGGGAGGAGGUGACGCAAGGCCACACCGAUGCCCAGCACAUGUUCCUCCAGCAGCGCCUCCAGGCCCUCGACACCGGCUGGAACGAGCUCCGGCAGAUGUGGGAGAACCGGCACCAGCUGCUCUCGCGGGCCUACAGCUUCCAGAUCUUCCUGAGGGACACCAAGCAAGUGGAAGGGGUGCUCAGCAACCAGGAAUACAUGCUGACGCACACAAGCAUGCCGGCCUCCCUGCAGGCCGCGGAAGCUGCCAUUAAAAAGCACGAGGAUUUCAUGACCACCAUGGAGGCCAACGGGGAGCGGAUCAAGGGCUUGGUGGACUCGGGGCGGAAGCUGAUCAUGGAAGACGGGCUCCACUCGGACAAGAUCCAGGAGAAAGUGAAUUCCAUCGACAGUCGGCACAGGAAAAACCAGGAAGCAGCCCAAGAUCUCCUGGCCCGGCUUCGUGACAAUCGCGAGCUGCAGCACUUUCUACAAGACUGCCAAGAGCUCACCCUUUGGAUCAACGAGAAGAUGCUCUCAGCUCAGGACAUGUCGUACGAUGAGGCCCGGAACCUCCACACCAAAUGGCAGAAGCACCAGGCCUUCAUGGCUGAACUGGCCUCCAACAAGGGCUGGCUGGAGAAAAUUCAGAAGGAGGGAGAGCAGCUGGUGGCCGAGAAGCCGGAGUUGGAGCCUGUGGUGCGGGCCAAGUUGGACGGCUUGCAGCAGCUGUGGCAGGAGCUGGAGUCGAGCACCCAGACCAAAGCUCAGUGCCUCUUCGAUGCGAACCGGGCCGAGCUCUUCACGCAAAGCUGCUCCGCCCUGGAGGCCUGGCUGAGCGGCCUGCAGGCCCAGCUGCACUCGGACGACUACGGCAAGGACUUGACCAGCGUCAACAUCCUGCUCAAGAAACAGCAGAUGCUGGAGAACCAGAUGGACGUGCGGGAGAAGGAGGUGGACGGCCUCAAAGCCCAGGCGCUUGCCCUCACCCAGGAAGACUCCAACACCGUGGAGGUGGACGGCAAACUGCAGGCGGUGGAAGACAGGUUUGUGGAGCUGCGGGCGCCGCUGCGGGAGCGGUGCGAGAAGCUCCUGGCGUCCAAGGAGGAGCACCAGUUCAACCGGGAUCUGGAAGAUGAAAUUUUGUGGGUGAAGGAACGGAGGCCAAUGGCUGUUUCCACCGACCACGGCAAAGAUCUUCCCACCGUCCAGCUGCUGAUCAAGAAAAACCAGACUCUGCAGAAGGAGAUUCAGGGCCACCAGCCGCGCAUCAACGACAUCCUGGGGAGGUGGCAGGGCUUGGCGUGCAGCGGCCUGGAGGCCGAGCUGCAGGGCCGCGUGGAGGCGCUCCAGGAGAUGUGGCAGGAGCUCCAGAACCAGGUGGACCAGCGGCACGGGCGGCUGGAGAAAGCGCAGAUGGCUCAGCAGUUCUACUUCGAUGCCGCCGAGGCGGAAGCCUGGAUGGGCGAACAGGAGCUGCACAUGAUAUCGGAGGAGAAGGCGAAGGAUGAACUGAUUGCCCAGGCCAUGGUGAAGAAACAUCUUGUGAUGGAGCAGGCUCUAGAGGACUAUGCCCAAACCAUUCACCAACUCUCCAUCCAGAGCCGCGACAUGGUGAACAACGGGCACCCUGAGAGUGAGCGGAUCACUCUCCGGCAGGGCCAAGUGGACAAGCUCUAUGCUAGCCUGAAGGACCUGGCCGAGGAGCGCCGUGCCAAACUCCAGGAACAUCUCCGGCUCUGCCAGCUGAAGCGGGAGGUGGACGACCUGGAGCAGUGGAUCUCGGAGCGGGAGGUGGUGGCCGCCUCCCAUGAGCUUGGGCAGGAUUACGAGCACGUCACGAUGCUGCGGGACAAGUUCCGGGAGUUCUCGCGCGACACCAGCACCAUCGGCCAGGAGCGCGUGGACGGCGUCAACCGGCUGGCGGAUGAAAUGAUCUCCGCCAGUCACUCGGAGAACGCCACCAUCGCCGAGUGGAAGGACAGCCUGAACGAGGCCUGGGCGGACCUGCUGGAACUCAUCGAUACCCGGAGCCAGAUGCUGGCGGCUUCCUACGAGCUGCACCGCUUCUACCACGACGCCCGCGAGACCCUCAGCCAGGUCCAGAACAAGCAGAAGCAGCUGCCCGACGAGGUGGGCCGCGACCUCAACACGGCCGAGGCCAUGCAGCGCAUGCACAGCGCCUAUGAGCACGACAUCCAGGCCCUCAGCACGCAGGUGAAGCAGGUGCAGGACGACGCGGCGCGGCUGCAGAAGGCCUACGCCGGCGAGAAGGCGGACGACAUCCGGCGGCACGAGCAGUCCGUGAGCGAGGCCUGGUCGGACUUGCUCAGCAGCAGCAGCGGGCGCCGGCACCUGCUCCUUGACACGGUGGACAAGUUCCGCUUCUUCCGCAUGGUGCGGGACCUGCUGCUCUGGAUGGACGACGUCAACCUCCAAAUAGACGCCCAGGAGAAGCCCAGGGAUGUGUCAUCUGCUGAUCUGGUCAUCAAGAACCACCAAGGCAUCAAGGCCGAGGUUGAGGCCCGGAUCGACAGUUUCAAUGCCUGCAUCGCCAUGGGCAACGACUUGCUAGCCAAGGGCCACUACGCCUCUGACAAGAUUGCAGAGAAACUGACCCAACUGCAGGACCGACGCAAAGAAAUCAACGACAAAUGGCGGGAGAAGAUGGACUGGUUACAAAUCGUCAUGGAGGUGCUGAUGUUUGGGCGGGACGCUAGCAUGGCCGAGGCCUGGCUCUCCGGCCAGGAGCCCAUCGUGCGCUCGGCGGAGCUGGGCAGCAACGUGGAUGAAGUGGAGAAUCUCAUCAAGCGUCAUGAGGGGUUCCAAAAAUCAGCCGCUGCUUGGGAGGAACGCUUCCUGGCGCUGGAGAAGCUCACAACGCUGGAAGAGAACGAACGUCGCCGGCACGAGCUGGAGGAAGCGAGGAAAAAGAGACCUCUGACGCCCCCGCUGCAAGAACUGACAGCCACGUCGCCCCAGAAGCAGCAUCCGGAAAGGCAGCAUUCUCCCAGUGCUCAUCACGACAACCGGAGCCCUGGAGAGAGAGGUCUGUCGCUGGAGUUGCCGUCUCUGAAUGGGAUCAACCCUGAUUCUGAGUCUUCCCAGAUUUCAGAGACGUCGGCCACGGUCAAUGGGUCGCAUCUGGACUCCGGGUCCAAGGGGAAGGAGCCCAGCCCGGCCCCCUCGCCCAAGCGGCCCAAGCUGCCUGCCCUCGGCGCCGACCCCUCUCAGUCCACCACGCUGCCCCUGCGGACGCCGGAUCCCUCGGCCUCGGAGCAGAUGGAAGGGGUGCUGUGUCGGAAGCAGGAAAUGGAAUCGCAGGGCAAGAAGGCCGCUAACAGGUCCUGGCAGAACAUCUACUGCAUUGUACGGAAAGGCAGCCUGGGCUUCUACAAGGACGGCAAGAACGCCAGCAACGGCAUCCCCUACCACGGCGAAGUGCCCGUCAGCUUGCAGGGCGCGCAGUGCAACGUCGCUCUGGACUACAAGAAACGCAAGCACGUCUUCAAGCUCGGGCUAACAGACGGCAAAGAAUAUUUAUUCCAAGCCAGGGAUGAGGCCGAGAUGAGCAGCUGGAUGAGAGUCAUCAACACCACGGCUGCCUGCACCCCGACGCCGCAAGGCCUUGCGGAAGAACAAGCCCCGCUCAUCAACAAGGGCAUGUCCCGGGCCCUGACCAUGCCUCCCGUGUCUCCCAACAGCGCCCCAGAAGGGACCGUCACCCUGCGGAGCAAAGAGACCAAGGAAAAAGACCGGGAGAAGCGCUUUAGCUUUUUCAAGAAGAACAAAUAGGGACACCCGCGGGAAAAGGGGCAGGGGGUGGAGUGCUGCAGCUGCUACAUCUGUACAGGACUGAUCAUCAGGGAGGGCACA